GCACGUAUAUAAUAAACAAUUAUUUUAAAAACUUAAAAAUCAUUACUUUCUCAAAUUCCGUUACGUAAAUUAAACUCACUCACAACUUUCUCGCCGGCCAAACAAACAAUCAAAACCCUCCUUUCUUUACUCAAAACAAAAAUCAUUCAUCACAUUUCCAUUUCUUCAUCAUUCACUAACAAAAAAUCAAAUUCCCAAUGGCCCCAACUGACCCCACUACUCGACACGUGGCAGUACUCGCAUUCCCCUUCGGAACCCACGCCGCUCCUCUUCUCACUCUCGUCCGGGACCUCUCGGCGGCGGCACCGGACGCCGUCUUCUCCUUCUUCAGCACAUCGCGAUCCAACAAAACCCACUUCUCAUCACCAUCAUCAUCGGAGGAGGAGACUUCCAAGGUGGUGCCGUACGACAUCGGCGACGGGAUAAGAGAUGGGUCUGCGGCGGCGCCGACUAUAGAGACGGUGGAUGCGUUCCUUAAUGCGGUGCCGGGGAAUUUUGAGAGGGGAUUGGUGGAAGCGGAGAAGGUGGUUGGGGUGAAGAUUGGGUGUUUGGUUUCGGAUGCGUUUUUCUGGUUUGCCGGAGAAAUGGCCGGUGAGAGGCGGAUCCCUUGGGUGCCGCUUUGGACUUCCGGGCCAAGGUCUUUGCUUUCUCAUUUUUAUACUGAUCACAUACGACGACGUUUUGAGGAUCCAGAACAUAACAAAGAGGAUCAAACCCUAAACUUUCUUCCCGGAUUUUCAUCAUUUCGAGUCACAGAUUUACCGUUGGGAAUAAUUAUUCCACCGGGAAAAUCAGAAUCGCCCUUCGAUAUCAUGCUCCACAAAAUGGCACAAACUCUCCCCAAAGCUAAUGCAGUUGUCAUCAAUUCCUUCCACCAAAUAGACUCACAAAUCUCUACUCAUCUCAAAACUCAAUUUCACAAAUUCCUCAACUUGGGACCCUUCACACUCACUAACACAAAACCUAAUAAUGAAUAUGACCCAAACAAUUGCCUAGAAUGGUUAUCAAGGCAAAACCCUAGAUCAGUUGUCUAUAUUAGCUUUGGUAGCCUAGUGGUUCCACACGCUGAUAAAGUCGCAAUAUUGGUAGAAGCCCUAAAGGAAAGUGGAUUUUCUUUCCUUUGGUCAUAUAGAGGAGAAAAUAAUACAACACUUUUUGAAGAAACCCUAAAUGGAAAAUUGGUGUCUUGGGCACCACAAGUGGAGGUUUUGAAACACCCUUCGGUCGGGGCUUUUGUGACUCAUUGCGGUUGGAACUCUAUUUUGGAAAGUAUUGUGGGAGGAGUACCGAUGAUUUGUUGUCCUUUUUUUGGAGACCAAAUGAUGAAUAUGAGGACGAUUGAAGAUGUUUGGGGGAUUGGUGUUGGAAUUGAAGGAGUUGCAUCGAAACACGACUUUUUAAAGGCUUUGAGAAGUGUUUUGGUGGAAGAAGAAGGGAAGGGAAUGAGGGAGAGGAUUGGGGUUAUGAAAAAGCUUGCUUAUGAGGCUGUAACAGUUGAUGAUAAUGUUGUUGAUGGAGGAAGCUCUAGGAGAGAUUUCAAUGACUUGGUGGAAAUUAUUACUAAAGGGUAAUUUAAUUUAAGUUAGAACAUUAAUUAAUUUGUUUAGUUUCCAAGGAAUUACAUUGCUAAACAUAUAUAAUUAGCCUGGCCUAAAUUUUAUGUUGGCAGAUCAUAAAAGUUACAUAGCUUUCUAUUU